UAGGCUGCGGUCACGCUGCUUCUAUUUGCUUAAAAAAAGCGCGGUGUCUUCUUUUUAGUUUUUAGUACAACAAAAAUAAGUAAACUAUAUUGGAAUGUGCCACAAGUUUUAAAUAAAUGUUUCUUAAUUAAUAUUAAUGUGCCCCUUGUGUGUUAUAUUUGCAAAACGGAGACGUGCGCCAGCGCACCUCGAAUUAAAAGCACCGUUUUAAAGUGAACUGAGCUCCCCAAGCAUUACAAAUGCAUUCCAAUUAGAAUUUUAUGUACACGCAAUUUGCAUUAAUAAACUGCAUUUCUGCUUUACACGAUCAUACUCGAAAAUAACGGAAUUUGGGCGUCUUCCUUUUCGCUCACACUGCACGAAAUAAAACUACAGUUACUUGUUUACAGUGGUGGCCCAAAUUAUGCCAGUCCAGUUAGAACAUAGUAAAGGCAAAAGAAAAAACAUUAACUAAUAAGAAUAAACUGAAAAUUGCACAAAAUCAAUGAAAUAAUAAUAAAGUCACAAAGCUGUGCAUAAAAAUCAAAAAUAUUAAACAAAAAAAAUAUAAAAACAACAAAAUUGCAAAAACAAAAUAAAAACAUAAAAUAUUAAAAAAAAUAUAUAAAUAAAUAAAAAUUUACACAUGUACGUUUUACAAAUAAUUUAGUCUUAAUUAUAAAAAAAAAAUCGCUUUGAGUCAUUUCUUUUGUAUGCAUAAAACUCAAAGCGUCGCGCCGUCAAAAAAGAAAAGUAUAGAAUUUUGAAUUCUCUCCUUGGGCUAUGUACACGACCAGGGCUGAAAUGAAAAUCUUUGCCACGAGUGUUGUUGUAGGCAGCGCGGCAGACGGCGUGGCUGCAACGCCAACGACGACAACAACAACAACAGCCCAGCAGCAGCACCAACAACAACAUCAGCAACAACAACAACAACAACGCGAUUAUCGUUGUGGUGCUCAAGUGAAGUUUAAUAAAUACAACAACAAUAACAAAACUGCUAAUAUUUUGCGACAAGCGAAAUAUAACAACAACAACAACAGCAGUAACAACAACAACAACAAUAGCAGCGGCGAUAAUAAAAAUGUCAAGCGUCAGCAACAGCAACAACAUUUACACUACAACAACAACAAUGUCCAUAAUUUUACGCGCAAGAAAUAUUAUGGCAACAACAACAACAACAACAACAACAAUAAUAAUAACAAUAAUGGCUAUAACUGCAAUCAACAACAGCAGCAACAGUCGCCGUAUUACCAGCAACAACAUCAACACGCGGCAUCAGCAGCAACACCAAAGCUUUCUAAUAGCAAUAGUAGCAACAACAACAAUAAUAGCACGAUCAAAAAUCAAAAUAUUACUGACGAGAACAAUUGCAAGCAGAGCAAUGACAGUAAUAACAACAACAAUAUCAAUAAAAAUAACAACAACCACAACAGUAAUAGCAAGAGCAACAGCAGCGAUAGCAACAACAACAAUUGCAACACAAAACAGCAGCUGAAACAGUUGAACAACAACAGCAACAACGUUAAGAAACACAACUCGCUGUCAUCCACCAGCGAAUCCUGCGCCUCUUCAUCCUCAUAUUACCACAGCUGUUCCGAGUCAUCGUCGACAUUGCAAACGUCAGCAACUAGCAGCAACAAUAGUUGCAACGGCAGCAGCAGCAACAUCAACAGCAGCAAUCAUCAUGAGGAGGAACAGCGACAGCAACAACAACAAUUGCAGAGCACGCCGCCAACAUUGGAAACGACAACAGCAGCAACAGCAAAGCAAACACCAUCAAGCACAAUCGGUGGACAGUCGGACAGCAGUAGCAGCAACAACAACAACAGCGGCAGCAAGACUCAAAGGACACGACAGCAACCGUUGUGUUUCUGGAAGACGAGCUAUCCACAGCAGCCCACAUUGCAGCAGAAAGAACAGCAGUUGGAGGCGGCGCUGGCCACACAAAAAGAAACUGAGCUGGCAAUUGCAGCAGCAGCCGCCGCUGCGGCGGCAACAGCGGCAGCAGCAACACCACACACAACCGAACAGCAGCCGCAUUACUAUCAGUAUUAUUAUUCGCAACCGAAACAAUUGACGAUUGCAUCGUUUCUGCAAAAGGAAUUGUUGCCUGAAGCGGACAAGGCAACCAAGCAACAGCAGCAAUCACAACAGCAACAGCAGCAGCAGCAGUCACAACAACAGCAUCAUCAACAGCAGCAGCAGCAGCAAUCAGGCGGUUAUCAGCCACGUUACCGAAGCAAUGCCAAUUACAAUUACAACAAUGGCUAUCAGCAACAGUCGCAUGGACAUCAUGCUGCCCACGGGCAGCAGCAACAGCAGCAGCAACAUCAUAAUAAUCACAGGCACAACACGCAUUUUAGGUACAACAAAAAAGUGCAUUACGGUAGCAACAACAACAACAACAGCAGCAAUAACAACAACAAUAACAACCAUAGCAACAACGCUGCUGCAACAGGAGCUACAGGACAAAAGUCCUUUGAGAUUUGGCCAUCGAACAGUUACAAUGCUUCGCAUCGACGUAUGCAACAUGGCAAUGUUGCUGGCGGCAGUGGGAACAAUGGCUAUGCUGUUGCUGGCAAAAACGAAUACUAUCAGCAGCUGCAACAGCAUCCGCAUUCAUAUCACUUGGUGCAUGGCAAAGAGCAUCAGAACUUUCACAAUCUCACCUAUGUGAAUAUGGAUGUGCCGCCGCCACCAAUCAUAACAACAGCAGCAGCAACGCCAGCAACAGUAGCAGCGACAACACCAAUGGUUGCUGGCAUGACAAAGUUGCCAUCGCUGUUGGCUGUUUCGCCAACGCCAUCGUCAUCAACAACAGUAACAACCACAAGUGAAGGAGCAACAGUAGCAACAGUUACCGGCAACAACAUAUUUCUACAGCCGGUGCCAACAAUGCAGCUGCUUGGUCCUGGCAUGUUAUCGCCGGUGGCGCUCUCGCCUGAUGCUGUUGCCACGACGCCAUCGAAUAUGAUUAGUUGUGCUCAACUCGAUGAGGCAAUUACCGCAGCAGCGGCCAACAAUACGAGCAACAUUAGCAACAACAGCGGCAGUUGCGACAGCAGCAACAAGAGCUUGGAGCUGCCGACUCUGAUGCCAAUACCAAGUCCCGGCUAUGCUGCGUUGCCAUUUAUGCUGCAGCCGCAACAGCAACAACAGCAGCAGCAGCAACAGCAACUGUUGUUUCAGAACAACAAACAGCAGCAGCAACAGCAGCCACAGCAAUUGUUUGUUGGCUUUGGCGAUGGAUACAGCAAUCCCGCCGCUUGGGGUCACGCCAAUUCGACGUGCUAUUCCACAGCACAAUAUGGACCCAAUCCCAACAACAAUCGCAUGCCAAUGCAUCGUGCUGUAUCGCCCGCCUUGUCCAACUGCUCGAUGGCCAGCGAUGUUCAGUCUCAAUGGAGCAAUCGCAGUCAUUUAACGCCAACGGAACAGAUGUUGUCCGUCUCGCCAACGCCAACAGUGGCUGCACCUGGGCAGCAAUUGUCGCCACAUCAACUGGCGAGUUCGCCGCUGAUGGGAAACAUGAAUGGUUUACAUGCCAUGAUGCCAUUUAGCCUGCCACAGCCGCCAGCCCACAAUUUGCCAGCGUAUCCGCAUUAUUGUGGACCCAAUUGUGGCUGCAAUGGCAACGCAUCUUGGACGCCAGCAUGGUAUGAGCUGAUAUUGCCGCCGGAUCGCUAUUUGGAUCAUGCACGCAACGUGGAGUUGAGCGUGCAACCGGAGCAAUUGUUGCGCCACUGCAAGUACGAUAAUUUGUCGCUGGACAUUUGGAAACGAUUUCGGGGCGCUCAACAGACGCAUGCCAAGUUCAAGUUAAAGAUGCGAUUGUGGCGUUAUCUCUUUAUCUGGAUAAACAUUUGCUUUCAGCAGCCAAUGUUUUCACGUUUUCGCAUUUGUCUGGUGGGCUCGACCAUUACGGGAUUUGGAACCGACUCGUCGGACAUCGAUAUGUGCCUGUUGCCGGAGCAGCCAACGCAUCAGCAUCAGCAACAUCAUUAUCACAACGAACUGCGUGCCGAAGCUCUGAUGACUUUGAAUCUUUUUCACUCGGUGCUAAAAGAAAUGGAAGCCUUUCAUGACUUUAAUCUGAUUGAGGCGCGUGUGCCAAUUCUGCGCUUUAAGGAUCGCACCAAUGGCAUUGAGGUUGAUCUCAACUACAACAAUUGCGUGGGCAUCAAGAACACUUAUUUGCUGCAAUUGUACGCUCAGCUUGAUUGGCGAACACGGCCACUGGUUGUAAUCGUGAAGUUGUGGGCGCAAUAUCACGACAUAAACGAUGCCAAGCGCAUGACUGUGUCGAGUUAUUCGCUAGUGUUGAUGGUGUUGCAUUAUUUGCAGUUCGGUUGCGUGCCGCAUGUGUUGCCCUGCUUGCAGACUCUCUAUCCGGAGAAGUUCAAUUUGGGGCAACAAGAUUGCCUGGAUCUCGAUCUCAUUGAGCCCAUUGAGCCGUAUCAAACACACAACACGCAAACGUUGGGCGAACAUCUACUUGGCUUCUUCAAGUACUACAGCAAUUUCGACUUUCGCAACAAUGCAAUUUCGAUACGCACUGGCGGCAUUUUGCCGGUGACAACAUGUCGACUGGCAAAGAGUCCCAAGAACGACAUACAUCAAUGGAAGGAGCUGAACAUCGAAGAGCCCUUUGAUCUGUCAAAUACGGCACGCUCUGUAUACGAUUUCGCUACAUUUGAGCGCGUGAAAGCAACAUUUGUGCAUUCGGCACGUCGCUUGGAGCACACUCUUGAUUUGGCCUCCAUUUUCACACCGAUUCAUCAUCAAACUCAACGUAUGGCCAUGCAUCAGCCUGCAUUGCAUCUGCAUUCGCAGUCGCAUCCAACAACGUAUGCUCAGCAUCCGCAUCAGCAUUUGUUGCACACACGCAACGCUGCAUCGACGACUGCUGCAACUGCGGCUGCUUCUACUGCUGCCAAAAUGAUUCCGGCUGGUGGAUCAUUGCCAACACCAGCCACAAAUCUUGUCUAAGAGACAGAUUAACACCUAAAAAAAAAAACAUGCAUAUGUCUGUCUAUACACGCAGUCAUAUUAUACUCACAACAGCCCACCCAAAAAACAUAUUGCAAGAUGCAUGUGCGAUGGCACAACAAAAACAUAUACACAGAAAAUAAUGUAAAAUAAUAAAACAUACAGAUUGUACAACACUUGAAAUGUUUUAAAGUUUAAAGUAUAUAUUUUGUAAAUUCAAAUUCAAUUGAUUAUCGGCAUCUAAGAAUGAUCAAUCGAUUAUAAAUAUUUGUUCAUUGAAUUUGAAUGAUUUCUUAAGUAUGAUUCAUUGAUUUCUUUUGUCUAUGUGCAUUAUUUAAAUUAUGAUAAAAGUCGUAGCCCCCCUUCAAUGUAAUUGUAAAGUUUAAUCGCUUCGCGUCAAUUUAUUGUAAGCAUGUCAGAUAAGAAAAGGGUGUGAAUUUGUUUUAUUUUCUUUCCCCCAUUUUCGACUUUGACAUGCAACGUUUUCAAACACAAAAUCUAAAAAACAAACAAAAAAAAAAAACACCUCAAAUAUAAGAAAAUGGGAAUCCUUCAUGAAAUAUAAAGUAUGUUAAUCGAAUGAGCUGCAAGAGAUAUGGAAAGCAAUCGAGUACGAUAGAUGGUAUCCAAAAUUCAUCAAAUCAUCAAAGCCAUUGCUGAGAAAUUCAUAAAUGCAACUUUCGUUUUGUAGUUUUUCAUCUGUUUGCAAAUUAAAUGAAAUUCUUUAUUCAGAA